AUGGCGGAAGAAGCUCAGGCACCUGAAUAUCAUGAUAAUGAAGAGCCUGAAAUAAUUCCGGUUCAAAUUACCGAUGUUAUUGAUCAGACGGACACAUCCAUCGUAUGUGAGGUCAAUCUAAGUGGAAGUCCUGAUAUUCUCAACGAGGACAAACAUAUUACCCCAGCUAUGGAUCUAAAUGACAAGAAUGAAGAAGAGCAAAAGGGAGAAAAUAGUAAUCUUAUAGAAAAAGUCCCAGAUGUCUUGGACAACCAUGAGAAAAAAUGUGAGGACUACAAGGACGGAGGAUGUCAGAUAACAGUCGACGUAGAUGGUGACACGGUUCCCCUUCCCAGUCCUGAAGCCAUCAGUAGAGAAGACAAUAAUCAAGAUGGGGAUAAAGCCGAAACGCCAGAUAUAUUGUUGUAUCAAGAAAGCUUCCAUCCAAGUGACACGGGCACAGAAGAUGUCUUGACUGAAACAGAGGAAGAAAAUACGUCCAUAGAGACCGACACCGAAUAUGAUGACCAAGAAAAUGGACCCCAGCAGCCUCUAUCGGUUAGUCCAAGUGGCAGACAACUUGACCCUAAUGAAAUGGCUGGAGGCAGACCAGAUAUCUCCAGAAACAGCUACUCCAAAUAUGAUACUGUAUCAUACCGCAAAAUCCGGAAAGGAAACACUAAGCAGCGGAUUGAUGAGUUUGAGUCUAUGGUAAAUCUCUAA